GACGUUUGGCCGUCACCCACGAAGAGGAUUUAUUUCCUUUUUAUCUUCUGCGUUCUCUCCCACAAUGUGGUGGGUUCUCCUUACGAUUCUGUGCGUGCUGCUUUUCUCGUGGAUUCAGAGAAGGAAGGCUCACUUCUCGCUCUUCGAAGAUCUUCACAUCCCGAGUCCUAGAGGCAACAUCCUUCUGGGAAACGCCUGGGAGUACUAUCUGAAAGGACACGUCAACGUGUUCAAGGAAUGGCAUCAGAGGCACGGCCCUGUCGUCGGGAUUUUCAUAGGAUACAAGCCCAUGAUGCUCGUAUCCGACGUGGACCUACUCAAAAAUGUGUUCAUCCGAGACUUCAUCAACUUCACCGACCGUAAUCAGAUUCAUGGGUCCCGGCUGCACAGAAAGUCGCUGCUCAGCGCCGAGGGACCAAGCUGGAAAAUCUUGCGGCGAAUCAUAACCCCCUCGUUCACAUCGAGCAGACUCAAAGCGCUCUCGCCCCCGAUGCACGCCGUCAUAGAGGAAUUCUCACGGAAUCUCAGCGAAAAUCUUGAGAAAGACAUCGAUAUCAAGAUCUUCCUCCAAGCUCUGACGAUGGAUGUGAUUUCGAGAAAUGCCUUCGGAGCGAACUACAACAUGCAGAAGGAUCCGGAGAACCACGAACUUUUCAAACUCAUCCGAGAUUUCAUGGGCCAGGAUUUCGAUCUCGCACAAUGGCUGGCUCUGGGACUUGAUGCUAACCAAUGGGUGCUGGAUGCUGUGCGCAGCUUUCGACACAGUCGAGGAAGCUUGGCCAUGAAAAAUUUUUUCGCCAGCAUAAUGAAUGAGUGUGCGUCGAUCGUGAAGGCACGCAAGGCCCACAAGUCGGCUAAGAGCGACCUUCUGCAACUUUUGAUGGAUGCGAGCACUUCGGCGAACGACAACAAUGACGAUCGUGAACUGACAGCCGGAAUCGAUGCUGAUAGUGUCAUAAGAAAGACGUCAUCGGGGGCCAGCAUAAAAUUGACUGACGAUGAGAUUGUGCAAAACGCUUUCGCUGUAUUAGUGGCGGGUUUCGAAACGACGGCCAGCACGCUGACUUACUUUCUGAAUGUCAUCAUUCACAAACCCGAUAUCCAAGAGAAACUGCGCCGAGAGGUCCUCGACAGUUUCGAAAGCCCGGACGGGUUCCAUGAUUUCGACAAGCUGCAGAAGCUUCGCUACUUGGACGCCGUGAUCAAAGAGACCCUUCGGAUGUUCCCUCCCGUAGGACCUUUCGUGGUCAGGACUGCUGCUGCCGAUAAGGUCUAUGGGAAAUGGAAGAUUCCCAAAGGAAUGCACGUCAUUGCUUCGCUCAUGGAAGUCCACCGGAGUUCCGAAUACUGGAGCAACCCCCAGAGCUUCGACCCGGAUCGCUUCCUACGGGGUGAACCUUCCGAGCCAUCGGCUUGGCUGCCUUUCGGUCUCGGUCCUCGAAACUGCGUUGGAAUGCGUUUCGCCAAACUAGAAAUGAAGAUGAUGAUCGUCGAGCUGCUCUGGCACUUCAGAGUUGAGAAAACACCGGAGUCGCCCAAGUUCCCGCCAGAUAUCGAGGCAGUGGCCCUACUGGCUAGGCUCAAAGGGCCUCUAAUUUGUCGAGUGAAACGUAACGAGCGAUGACGCAACCA